UUUGUUAGAUGUAGUGCUUUAUGGUUCCAGACUUUGAAUAACAUCGACGCGGAAUCAAUUUUUAUGAAGCUGCAGGACGAUAUUUUCCACAAGGAAGCUUCCUCUUCAUUUUCUGUAAUCUCUCUUCAAUGCUUGUUCAGUUCUUCUUUAAGAAGAGAAAGAAAAACAAUCACUUAGAAAAUUAACCAGAAAAAGAAAAUAAGGUAUCAUGGAACAACCAACACUACCUUCUUUGUCUUCUUUCACAUGUCAUUGGACUUAUGAUGUUUUUCUCAGCUUUAGAGGCAUUGAUACUAGAAACAAUUUCACUGGUAAACUUUACAAUUAUCUACAGCAUCAAAGAGGAAUACAAACUUUCAUUGAUGAUGAAGAAAUUCAAAAAGGAGGACAAAUCACACCUACUCUUCUUCAAGCCAUUAAAGAGUCUAGGAUUUUCAUUGCUAUUUUGUCCCCUAACUAUGCAUCUUCAACUUUCUGUUUGAAUGAACUUGUUACCAUCCUUGAGUGUUCAAAGUUACAGGGAAGGUUGUUUUUGCCGAUUUUUUAUGAUGUGAAUCCAUCCCAUGUUAGAAACAUAACCGGUACUUAUGCUGAAGCUUUUGCAAAACACGAGGCGAGGUUUGGAGAUGAGAAGGAAAAGGUGCAGAAAUGGAGGGAUGCUUUACAUCAAGCUGCUAAUAUGUCUGGAUGGCAUUUCAAACCAGGGUUUGAAUCAAAGAGUAAGUUUAUUGGGAAGAUAGUUGAAGAGAUCUCGAUAAAGAUCAACCGCGUUCCUUUGCAUGUUGCAAACAACCCAGUUGGGUUGGAGUCUCGAAUGUUAGAAGUGACAUCUCUCCUUGGACUUGAGUCCGAUGAGAGAGUCAACAUAGUAGGCAUUUAUGGAAUCGGCGGAAUUGGCAAAUCAACAACUGCUCGUGCUGUGCAUAACUUGAUUGCUGAUCAAUUCGAAGGUGUGUGUUUUCUUGCUGACAUAAGAGAGAGGGAAAUUCAUCAUGGUCUUGUACAACUCCAAGAAACAUUACUUUCCGAAAUACUUGGGGAGAAGUAUAUUAAAGUGGGUGAUGUUAACAAAGGAAUUUCAAUAAUUAAAAGGAGUCUUAAAAGAAAGAAAGUCCUUUUGAUUCUUGAUGAUGUUGACAAAGAAAAACAGUUGCAGGCACUUGUAGGAGGACAUGAUUGGUUUGGCUCCGGCAGCAAGAUCAUAAUCACUACAAAAGACAAGCAUUUGCUGGCUACUCAUGGAAUUGUGAAAGUAUAUGAGGUUAAACAACUAGAAGAUGAAAAGGCUCUUGAUUUAUUUAGUUGGCAUGCAUUUAAAAAUAAAAAUAUUGAUCCAUCGUAUUUGGAUGUUGCAAAACGUGCAGUAUCUUAUUGUCAUGGUCUUCCCUUGGCUUUGGAAGUGACAGGUUCUCAAUUGUUUGGAAAAAGUUUAGAUGUAUGGAAAUCCUCUUUAGAUAAAUAUGCAGGAGUCCUUCGUAAAGACAUCCAUGAAAUUCUGAAAGUUAGCUAUGAUGAUUUGGAAGAAGAUGUGAAGGGUAUUUUUCUAGAUAUUGCUUGUUUCUUCAAUUCUUACGAUAUAGGCUAUGUCAAAGAAAUACUAUACUACCAUGGUUUUCAUGCGGAAGGUGGCAUACAAGAGCUAACUGACAAAUCUCUCAUGAAAAUUGAUACCAAUGGUUGUGUGAGAAUGCAUGAGCUGAUUGAAGACAUGGGCAGAGAAAUUGUGAGGCAGGAAUCAACUUUGGAGCCUGGAAGACGCAGUAGAUUAUGGUUUAGUGAUGACAUUGUUCAUGUUUUGGAAGAAAACAAGGGAACUGAUAGAAUUGAAGUUAUAAUCGUCGACUUGCAUAAAGACAGAAAAGUGAACUGGUGUGGAGAUGCCUUUGGGCAGAUGAAGAACUUGAGAAUUCUUAUAAUUAGAAAUGCACAAUUUUCCAGAGGUCCUCAAAUUCUUCCAGAUAGUUUGAGAGUGCUUGAUUGGCGUGGAUAUCAAUCACCCUCUUUACCAUCCGAGUUUAAUCCCAAGAAUCUUGCAGUAAUGCAUUUGCCUGAAAGUCACUUUGAAUGUUUCGAAUCUGUCAAGGUCUUUCAUACAUUGAGCUUUCUGAAUUUUGAAGGUUGCAAUUUCCUAAUUGAAGUACCUAGUUUAUCUAGUGUACCAAAUUUGGGGUCAUUAUGUCUUGAUGACUGCAGUAGUUUAAUUAGAAUCCAUGACUCAGUUGGGUUUCUUGACAAACUUGUUUCAUUAAGUGCUCAAGAUUGCACCCAACUAGAAAGUUUGGUUCCUUCCAUCAACUUGCCAUCAUUAGUUACUUUAGACCUAAGUGGUUGCUCGCGUCUUGAGAGCUUCCCAGAAGUAGUAGGAAUGAUGGAGAAUAUAAAAGAUGUUUACUUAGACCAUACUAGCAUAAAACAAUUGCCUUCUACAAUUGGAAAUCUUGUUGGGCUCCAACGUUUGUUCUUGAGGAAUUGCUUUCAGCUACCGAGCUACAUAUUGCCUAAAGUUGAGAUAAUAACAACUUAUCGCUGUAGGGGAUCUCAAUCAUCUGAAAAUGAAGAAAAAGUGAAUCCAAAAGUAUUUGCAAAUGCCAUGUGUGUUUAUAAUGAAUAUGGGAAGUCCUUUCUUAAUGUGUAUUCUAGUUCUAGUAAUAAUUGCUCCAACGAUGUCAUAGAAGUAUGUAGUCCUUUGGAGAAUGACCGGGGAAAAAAUCUUGUGAAUGAUCAAUUAGAAACCACUUUUUUUAGCCACAAAGAGGGGAGAACAAAACUGGGUAAGCUUAGAAGGAACAUAUCAUCAAUGCAUUUUUUGUUCCGAAAGAAAUUCCCCAGGAUAGCUCUAUGGUUUUUUGUAGCCUCCAAAAGAAAUAAAUCUGGAAAGGAUUUCAAGUUGAAAGUACUCAUCAAUGGCACUACGCAACUCACUUCUUCAUGUGAAUACAUAUUUUAUUCACAAAAAGCGACGGAACAUAUGAUUUGCUGUGAUCUACAGUGCAAUGUGGAGGGUGUAUUUUCAGAGUAUGAGUGGAACCGGGUGGAGAUUUUAUGUGAGAUGGAACAUCUCAUGCCCUGUGAUUCUAAAAGGGUCACGACCCACCAGGACUGGACCACUAAGACAAUUCUAAAGUGGUCUCUCCUAUAUGUCUACCCAGGAUACAAAGAGGGUGAUUUCGACAUAUGUGACAAUCUUGCUUUACCUUCUGAUUUAAGAAAACAAAAAUAUACAGCUCUUUAUUUGGCAAUUGAAAAAGCUAAAGAGAUGCAGGGAAUUCAUACAAGAGUAUAGGCCUUCAACUACAUCUUUGCUAGAUUUGAAUGAACAAUAAUUGCUGAUGGCAGUUGAGGUAAGAAUUAUUAUGUUCAUAUAGAUUUCAACUCAUCCUUACAAAGCCUCAACAUCUAUCAUAGAGCACUCCUAACAUCUUUUAGCGUCCUUCAGAAAUUGUAGGCUUCAUGUGUAUCAUUUACUAUCAUAUAUAUUGAAAUGUUCAAAAGUUUGUUACAAUGUGGACUGUAACAUGGCUUCUUUUUUUUUUUUUCCCGUUUCGAGUGUCAGACUUAACAUUAGCAUUCCAUUUGAUUUUGAUCCGAUUUCACUCUAGGCUGGCAUUUCACGUAAAUAACCUUUUCCCUUUUGAAGAGUUCCAGGAUAUUCUCCCCAACAUCAUCCCCCAAUUUUGUAGUAUGGCAGUUGGAUCUUAUAAAAGCUUUAGUAUUUUUAUGUUCUUUUCUAAUAAUUUUUUACGUGAAAAAUGUAGGGCCAGAUAACUUAGAAAAUCUGAAAAAAGCUAGCUGAGCAAUAUCAGAAACAGGAGCUGAUGGAACCAAAGCGCAAGAAGAUGAUGCGGUGCCAAAUCUUGUCGCAGGGAAGACUUUUGAGACUGCUGCUGAGGAGGAAACUAAGGCUUAAAAGUUUUACUGUUCCAUCUUUAUUUUUGGAUGUCCUUUCUUUAAUUUUCUCUCCAAAAUUAUGUAUUUCAGGUGAUUUUCGAUGCUCCCCUCUUACACACUUUAAGUAGUUAAAAACUCUUCAGUCUGCUCUUUCAUCUAUCGAAGUGUAUGUACCUGAUAGCACCUAAGUUUGUCUAUUGUAUGUCCAUUAUUAUAUUAGAGGUAGCAAUCAAUUUGGUAUUUGUAUUCUUAAUAUAUAUAUGGUCUCACUUAUGUGUGUAAAACUACUUAAAGUGGAAUGUUGGAAUGCUGAUGCAUUACGUACCAUCUAACAGUUGAGUGUAAAUUAAUGCAUCCAUGAUAGAAAUUGAAAACACAACAACAAUAAUAAGAAUAAAUAUGAACAAAGUAAUAGAUAUUGACAGUGGAAGCAGUAUUGAGUAUAAAUUAAUGCAUCCAUGAGAUUAAUGUUUUCAACUAUUGUUGCUUAUAAUUUGAAGUUUGUAGUGCUAGCUAAUUCAUGGUUUGUUAACAGGUUAUACUGGUU